AUGACUCCUCAAACACCUCGCGGUCGUUUCUGCAACAAUGGAUCUGUGUCUACGUUUCCUCCUCCAACAGGAUCUCAUUCGAAAAACGACAAAUCGGGAACUACCCUCAACAAAUCUGGAAAUAACCUCACAACUACCCUCACCGAUCGGCUUAUGAGUUUCGUAUACUUUGACAAACUCGAUAUCUACGCUACUGGCAGACUUCUUGCUCAAGAGUCAAAACAAAAGGAUAGGAAGAGAUUGUCUAGAUGA